AUGGCCUUACCAACUCGUGCUGAAUUUCUGUCCGGCUUAGGUGCGAAGACGUGCGACAUCUGCUACGAUGACAUGACAGGGCCGGCCAAGACUCCAUGUGGCCAUGUUUAUUGCUUGGAGUGUCUGCUGUCCUGGCUCAAGCAGCACAAUACGUGUCCUACAUGCAGAAGCAUACUGUUCGAGAAUCCGACCAACGACGACGAAAAUGCCAUCGACGGUGAAGACGACACGGAAGAACAACCAAACGGCAAUGCCGUCGAGAACCACGAAGAAGCUGGCGUACCACCAUUCGGAAGCACAGAAAGACUCCAAUAUGAGAUGACAGCAGUCCUUAACGAGGUCGAGGCUGAGUUGGACGCCAACCCAGAGCCACGAAUUGCAACUUUUGACGCAUCAGCCAUGGCUCAAGUCGUGGCGGCAUUUCGAAUCGACCAGCGCUUGCGCGAUGCAUGGAUGGACGAGAUCAAAAGCUGGGAUGUAAUGUACACUUUCGUCGACCGAGACAACAGCCACGUUUGGACUUUCGAUCACAUCAGCUACGAUCCUCCUUCUGGUCCGGAUACAUCGGGCUCCUCUCUCGGCGAGCAGAGAGGUCUAGUUACUAAUCGCCAUGUCAUGUGGGCGAAGAAACUGUCAAGACAUUUGAGCAGCAUUCCUGCCAACGAAUUGUCCAAUCGGGUCCGCGUCGUCAGAGUACUUGUGUCUUAUAAGCCGGAAUUGACUGAGCGGGAGGUUGUGGCAUCUCCACUAGAUUGA